GAGGAGGAGGAGGAGGCGGGGCGGCGGUGUCCAGCGCCGGGCAGCUGCGAGGCCCCGGGAGUCCGUCCGGGAGUCCGGCCGGGAGCCCGUCCGGGGUCGCCAUGGGAGACCGGGGCGGCGCGUCCGGCUCUCGCCGGAGGAGGACGGGCGGGCGGCACCAGCCCCAGGUCGGCGGGGGCGGCCUGGCGGCGACCGAGCAGGACCGGCCGGCGGCGGAGCCCAAGCGGGGCAAGGCGGGUCCGGAGGAGCUGGCCGCCGCCGACGGGCCGGCCCCCAGGGGGGCGGCAGCAGCAGCAGGAGGAGGACCCCCCGCGCCCGCACCCGACCGGGAUUGGAGGUGCCAUCGGGUACAGGAGUCUCUGUUCAGCUCAGCCAGCGGAUUCAGUAACUACCGGGGCAUCCUGAACUGGUGUGUGGUCAUGUUGAUCUUGAGCAACGCACGGCUAUUUUUAGAAAACCUCAUCAAGUACGGCAUCUUGGUGGAUCCGAUCCAGGUGGUGUCCCUGUUCCUGAAGGACCCGUACAGCUGGCCCUCCCUGUGCCUGGUCAUCGUGGCCAACACGUUCGUCCUGGCCGGGUUCCAGGUGGAGAGGCAGUUGGCGGCGGGCACCGUGUCAGAGAGGGUGGGGACUCUGCUGCACGUGGCCAACCUCCUCACCAUCCUGUGCUUCCCCGCUGCUGUGGUGCUUCUGGUCCGCUCCAUCACUCCAGUUGGCUCCGUGUUUGCACUGGGCAUCUACACCAUCCUGUUCCUCAAGAUGUUCUCUUACCGCGACGUCAACCUCUGGUGCCGGGAACAGUGGGCCAGGGGCAAGACGGGCAAAGCCGUUUCCGGUGCCAAGAAGGCCAACGGCGAUGUGGGGUCCGGUGCGGUGAGCUACCCGGCCAACCUGACUUAUAGAGACCUAUACUACUUCCUGCUGGCCCCCACUCUGUGCUACGAGCUCAACUUCCCACGCUCCCCCCGCAUCCGUAAGCGGUUCCUGCUGCGCAGGCUCCUGGAGAUGCUGUUCUUCACGCAGCUGCUCGUGGGGCUGAUCCAGCAGUGGAUGGUCCCCACCAUCCAGAACUCCAUGAAGCCAUUCAAGGACAUGGAUUACUCUCGCAUCAUCGAGCGGCUCCUGAAACUGGCCGUCCCCAACCACCUGAUCUGGCUCAUCUUCUUCUACUGGUUCUUCCACUCCUGCCUUAACGCAUUGGCCGAGGUCCUGCAAUUCGGAGACCGCGAGUUCUACCGUGACUGGUGGAACUCCGAAUCCGUCACCUACUUCUGGCAGAACUGGAACAUUCCUGUCCACAAGUGGUGCCUCAGACACUUCUACAAGCCUGCGCUGAAGCGGGGGAUGAACAAGUGGUUGGCCCAGACGGGCGUCUUCCUGGCUUCGGCCUUCUUCCAUGAGUACCUGGUGAGCGUGCCGCUCAGGAUGUUCCGCCUGUGGGCGUUCACCGGCAUGAUGGCCCAGAUCCCGCUGGCCUGGGUCGUGGGGCGUUUCCUGCGGGGGAACUACGGCAACGCCGCCGUGUGGCUGAGUCUCAUCAUCGGGCAGCCCGUGGCCGUCCUCAUGUACGUGCAUGACUACUACGUGCUCAACUACGAGGCCCCCGCGCUCGCGGAGCCCUGAUCGGACGAGGAGCGGGCGGGCGGGCCGGCCCGCGGAGGGCCGGCCCUCUCCGGCUCACGCUGCAAGUUGUCUACGCGGCUCCGUCGGGGCCCCCUCCGCCCGCCGCCCCCAGCGGGCCUCGGGCCGGGGAACCCGAGUCUCCCCCAGGACGCUGGAGGAGGGAGAACCCCUCCUGUGGGGGGGUGGGGGGACCCCGGUCACCCGUCCGUCCGUCCCCGCUCCUCCUCCGCCGCCCGGGGACUUCAGAAUGUGCGUCUGUGCCAGGGCCCGCCGGGGCCGCCGCCCCCUCCCCCGCGUCGGCCAUAUCUGCAGGGAUUUGGGGGGAGGGUGGACGGUCCGGCCUGGGCGCUUCCCUACCCGUGGAACUCCCCCUCCCGCGGCUGGGAGAGAGGGAAGAGCUCAGGGGGCCUGGGCACAGUGGGCGAGGGAUGGGGGGGGUCUUACCACUUGCUGAUUUUUUAACGAUUCCACUGUGCUGCGGCCAUGUCUGUCAUUAAAGUGUUGUCCAAAGUGGC